AUGAAAUCCUGGACCCCUGACGUGAAAGGGAUGCUUGUCAAUCCAGCAAAGUUGCUGAUGGGUUUUGUUGCUGACGAGGAACCAAACAAGCAUGAGUUCCCGACUGGCGCAUUGAUAUCAAAGGAAGAGAGUCAGCAGCCGUCCUUGAUUGAAAAGUAUGGCCCAAACGCUGACGGAAGGAAUGUAGUGAUCGCCGUUCUCGACACUGGUGUGGAUCCUUCAUUACCUGGAUUGCAGGUUAGUUCCUGA